AUGGUAGAUAGCCCUUGUUCUGCAUUAACUCGUUUUUCUUUUACAGCAUCAUCACAACAGCCGCCAGGAUUCAACCUGCCCGCGAUCGUCCACGUUGACCGCAACUGGUUCGUAAGGUCGAACGCUCGCAAGGGGUUCCCUGUAACCACAGCGUACACGACGAGCGACGAGCCUGUCACCUACGGGCUGGAGACCAAUGGCCCCCCAGCGCCGUUUGUCAUUGACCCCCAGACAGGAGUCGUUACUGUUAAUGACACGCUUACUGAUAAGGAAAACCGUUCUUACUCGUUAUGGGUCACGACUGUCGGCGGAUCGAUACCCCAACGCACAGAAGUCUACGCGACCAUAACCGACACAAAAGGGAGAAGACCAGAAAUACCUCGUCCUCCAGUGCAGGGAUACUUCAACACCUACGAUCCUAUGCGGCUACAACCAAAAGAUAUUCCACCUCUAUUAACAACCAAAGCAACUACUGUGUAUGAAGAAAUUACUGUACCUGAAACGACAGUUGGCACAACACUUAGCCCUCCGAAGCCACCUGAAGAUAACCCUGAGAUUGAGAAUAAGGUCGCUGGAGAUGACACCAAUAAGAGUAGUGAGGCGAAAGAGGAGUCUAUUAAGAAUGGUGAUGUGUCGCUCACGAUGAUCCCACUGGUCGCGAUCGGGAGCCUUGUUGUCAUUGUUAUUGUCGUCAUAAUUUAUGUAUGGAAGAAGAACUAUCCGCGCAAAUCGGAAAAGAAGGAUAAGGAUGACAUGAGUAAGGAUUCGAGUGGCAUCGUCCUCCAAGACGCCUCACUCAACAUGUGGGAGCGGCCCCGGGCCAACUCCAAUCGUUACGAAUGCUGGGACAACAACCACUUGCAGCUGUCCGAAGAGACUUCGAUCACGAAAGAAGAGCCGCAGGAUGAGUGGGAGUUCCCCAGGCAUCGGCUGAGGAUAUUCAACAUAGUCGGAGAAGGUGCCUUCGGCCAAGUGUGGCGCGCACAAGCCAUCGAUAUUGAUGGUAAAAAAGGCGAACAAACAGUGGCUGUGAAAACGCUCAAAGAAAACGCAUCGGAGAAAGAGAAAACAGAUUUAAUACAAGAGCUACUUGUGAUGAAGAACUUAGGAUCACAUCCCAACGUGGUUAGACUUAUAGGAUGCUGUACUGACAAAGAACCAACGCUAGUUAUAAUGGAAUUCGUCAGUCUCGGCAAACUGCAGCAGUUCUUACGAGAUUCCAGAGCUGAGCGUCAUUACGGCAACACGCAUGGGGGUAGUCAGUUCCUCACCUCAAGAGACCUGACACACUUCGCUUACCAAGUCGCUAGGGGCAUGGACUUCCUCAGUUCCAAAGGGACAUCAUUGUGGUAUUUAAUAUACAAAACCACACAUCACGCCAUCAUCUUCGAUGGAAAAGUGGAGGAGCAACAACAGGACCCGCUUUCCACCAUGUCUGUUCCGUCCUAUGACGUGAUAGAGGUGAGCCGAUCGUCACAUUGA